AUGGUGCAGUCUUCCCAGCUACAGGUCUGUGCCUGUGCCGCCUUUCGGCCCUCCAACAGCGGCUGCGGCCGCUCCGGCCUCGCGCUCUUCGGCGACGCCUCCGCCCUCGUGGACGGCUGCACCGUGGAGGCCUGCGCCAUCCACGGGUGCUGCGCGCGAGGCCGCACCCGCCUGGUGCUACAAGGCUGCGAGGUCGCUGGCUGCGGGCGGCGGGGGGUCUACGCUGACCACGGCACCCGGAACAAUACGCUUGAGAUGUUCGAGUGCUCGGUGCACGGCACACAAGACGCCUCGCGCGCCGCCGUGGAGGCGGCCGGUGCCAGGCAGGGGGACCUCGUGGUGGCCCGCAUCCGGCGCUGUCGAGUCUUCGGCAACGUGGGGGCCGCGAUCCGCCUGAGGGGCGCCGUGGAGCACGCGCUGGAAGGGAACAGCUGCAGCGGGAGCGCCCACGGCGAGGUGCACCUGUUGCCUGGGGAGGAGAACCUGGAGUGGCCGAGGGAGUCCCGAGACGCGGGUUAA